GUCAUCGGCUUGUACAAUGAGUGGAAAGAGGGUGGGGUGACUCAGGAAAAUAGCAGAUUUAACACCAUACGCGUAACCUGUGAUCCGAGUUCAGUGGAAGGAGAGCAACCAGCCACCCCCAUCAGUCACGUGGGUAGGGUGCAGCGACGUCACUAGACGGAGAUUUGCAAAGACAGAGCGAGCCCGAGGUGCGGCACUUUCCAAGCAUCGUCCUUUCAAUCAGAGCGAACAGAAAAUCUGUUCAAUAUUUUAGAGACCCAAUGCCUGGUCCCACCCAAGCACUUUCCCCAAAUGGAGAAAAUAACAACGACAUCAUCCCGGACAACGGAUCCAAUGUUAUUCCUUACAGGAAAAAUACAGUGAGAGGAGAGCGCGCCUACAGUUGGGGGAUGGCGGUCAACGUAUACUCUACCUCAAUAACCCAGGAGACGAUGAGCAGGCAUGAUAUCACUGCCUGGGUUAAUGACAUCCUCUGCCUAAACUACACUAAAGUGGAGCAGCUCUCCUCAGGAGCGGCCUAUUGCCAGUUUAUGGAUUUACUCUUUCCUGGCUGCAUCAGUCUUAAGAAGGUCAAGUUCCAGGCUAAACUAGAACAUGAGUACAUUCACAACUUCAAGGUGCUCCAGGCCUCCUUCAAGAGGAUGAAUGUGGACAAGAUUAUUCCUGUGGAGAAGCUGGUUAAGGGAAGAUUUCAGGACAACCUUGAUUUCAUCCAGUGGUUCAAGAAGUUCUUUGAUGCAAACUACGACGGCAAGGAGUACGACCCAGUCCAGGCAAGGCAGGGCCAGGAUGCCAUCCCUCCCCCUGACCCUGGAGAACAAAUCUUCAACCUGCCAAAGAAGUCCCACCAUGCAGCCAGCUCCCCUACUGCAGGAGCAACCCGGGCAAGUGCUACUACCCCCAAGACCAUGACGCCAUCAUCCAGACCCUCUUCAGCCAAAAAGAUCCCUGCACCAUCAGCUCCUGCCAAAGGAGAGAAGGAACUGGAAGUCCAGGUUCUACAGCUCAACGACCAGGUGAACACUUUGAAACUUGCACUGGAGGGGAUGGAGAAAGAGCGGGACUUUUACUUUGGCAAGCUGCGCGAGGUGGAACUGCUGUGUCAGGACCAGGGCGAGGAGAGUGCUCAGUUUGUGGAGCGGCUAAUGGAGGUCCUGUACUCUGCAGACGACCAGGAAGGAGCAGCCGAGCUGGGAGAAGGGGAUGGAGAGGAAGUCCUGGUUCAGGAAGAGGAGGUACCAGAUGAUCAGCAGGACGAAUACUGACCAUCCUCCUCUGCCACAACAACAUGCCCUUUUGUUUCAUGAGAACUGUUACAGGAUUUUAAUUUUUGAAUUUUAAGUUCGUUUUUUUUUUUUUUUUUUUUUCUCCUCAUGGUUUUCUUUUUUGUUCUCUUGAAGACUGAGCACAUGGAGCAACCUCAAAAGAAGCACCCUUGUUUGUUUUUAAUCCCUCCGUUAAACAUGCUGUGUUUUUGUGACUGUCGGUGAAAUGCUGUGGACGGUUGCUGUUAUUACCUCCAUCAGCAGACAAGCUCAGACCAUCACAGAAGUUUCCAAGGACUGUUUGGUUGAAAGGAAGUCAUUCAAAUCCUAGAUUGAAUCCUGACAUUCUGAAGAUCGGACCGGUAGUGUUAUAUCUGUCAGCAUGUUUAGUUGCCAGCCUCUGUCCCCUCUAUUGUUUGUGUUAUAAAAAGUUAUACUUUUUAUAAAUCUUUACAUAUCCUCCAUAUUAAUCAAGAUAAUGCAAUAAGCAAAGCCCUUAAGGGCCAGUAGUAGCUCCUAUUUAAUCUCCCAUGUUUUGCACUGACACGUGAUUCUGGAAUGGACAUGCUUUCUGUCCAUAGACCCUCAACAAUUCACACUCUUAGUCAUGAAUUGAAGAACAAUAUUUAUUUAGACUUAGGAAUAGUCUAUUUUGUAUUGUCUCUUUGGGAAGGGAGACAGUCAGUAAACUAUGAAUGAAUGGUAGUAGUGUAAUCAGUAAUGACUGUGACUAUCUUCAAAAGACAUUUUGAUAAUCGGUGUACGCAACAAGUCUCAUUUGCAGCUGGCUAGGUGCUUCAGUGACAGAGGUUGCCUCUGUUUGGCAUCAAUAUUGGCAUAGGCAAGAGAACAUUUUAGUGUAGACUAGUCUGAACCACAAUGGAUGUUUUUAACUUAAGUUUCAUCAGUAAAUGGACAGUCAGGUACCACCAUUUCAGAUCUCAACAUUAUUUCAUCCACAGAUUUUGGGGGGGAAAUUGUGAGUCAGUUCACUGAGUAAUUUGACAUACUAUAUUCCAGUGCGUACAUUGUAUACCCUUUCUUAAUGUUGCAUUUAUUACUGAACUCAGCAGUGCACCAUAAUGCUUAAGUCAUAUAUUAUUGUGUAAAUGAAAAGGAAUGUAAACAUGUACUGUCAAUAACUAUGAAUAGACAAUGUUUUUCUGAUGUCCCACUCAUUAUGCAUUCCCCAAAACGUGUUGCAUGUUUGCAUUUUUAUUUGUGAAUAACUUGAUCUGCUUUUUACAUAUUUAAUAAAAAAAAAUAAAAAAGGUA